AUGACAGCCCGCUCGAGCACCAACAAACCCAAGUACGUCCUGCCGGACGACAACACCUCGAUGCCCUCGGUAAGCGUAUCCCUCAACUGAACACCGCCCUCCUGAAUCCUGAAUAUCGAGCACCUAACCGCAAGAACUCUGCCCGCUCAACCCCGAUUUGCCAGACGCCAAGCUCAUCAUUCCGCCGCUUCGCGACUCGCGUCAAACAAGUCUGCCAACACAUCCUCCCCGCUUCACCCAGUCUGAGCUCUGUUCGUUCAGCCACACCUUCGUUCGAUACUCCCCUCGAUUCUAUUUCGCGACACCUCGUCAGAACCGCGAAGACGACUCCGAGUGGUCGCGCUGUCUCGGGCCCGACGAGUGGCCGACCGAAUCGGCUACGAAAACGAUCGCGAGCUCAGCGCGGUGCCGGCUCGAGCACGACGGCGAACCCGGUAACGCAACGACGUGGCAACGUACAAGAGGAUGACACGCUCGAAAUCGAACGAAACUUGUUGAUUGAGCUCGCUCGGGAACGCAGACAGUAUCAAGUCUCCGAGCGACGUCGCACAGCGAGCAGCAGUUUCUACUCCGCCACCGCCGUAGGGAUCGUCGUCGGAAAGGAGGUCAACUCUCCCGGCGGCUCGUUCAAACCGGCGGGCGUGUCGAGUCUUUUCCGUCGAUCGACGACUUUGCCUUCCCCUUUGCGUCGUCAUCACUCGUGUUACCCGAUUCAUCCAUCAACUCACCAGGACGUCUCGGGCUACCAUGACCCCGAGGACGAUGCCUCCAUUGCGCACCGUCGCAAUUCGUCGAGUUGUCCCUCGUUGCUCAACCAGCGUCCGCUCAACGAGUCGCCGCUUUCCUCGCUCGCUUCGACCUCUUCCUCUGCGCUUAACCCUCCAGAAGAAGAAACCGACAAUAACGAAACGAACGAGAUCCACCACGACUCUACCAUCGACGAGGAUGCGCUUUUCUUCAGUCCCCCUCUUCGUCAUUGUAGCUCGUCCCUCAGCGCUCGCGCCUCGGCGACGGGCAGCGGUACGAGUGAUCUCCCUCAUUACUCUGACGCUCGGACCCCUCCUUUGACCCCUUCGACUCCAAGUACGGUAAUCCACACUCGCUCAUCACCGUCACGUAUUCUCCGUGCUCCAUUGUCACCUCCAACUCCAACCCGCACCCGAACAGAAUUGUCGAAUCAUUACCCUCGAGCAACAAAACGUCCUCCCUUUUCGCUAAGUCUCCCCUCCUUUGCGAAAAGGCGUGCCUCCCUGAUCCGCAAACUCAAAAUCGAAACGGUCAUCGUACCCUCCCAAAAUUCAAGGACAAGCACACACCAUGCACCCCUCCCUCCUUCCCACUUGCGAUCCUCUCCACCUUCCUCAGCUUCCACUUCCCUCAUUCGAGCAAACACGAACAGCCCAACGCAUUCCCGCUCUCGUUCUCGCUCCGUCUUCACCGACGAAGACCUCUUCGGCUUCGGGAUCAACCAAAUCGCCUCCACCUCCACGGAUAAUCUUCUCCAAACCCCUCAUCGAUCUGUUUCCCUAGGCUACAAAAACGCUUUCGCGCGUCUACCUCAAGAUGAAGAUGAUGGUAAGGACGAAGCGGUGAGAUUGGCCGAACAGAGGGAGUGGCAUCAGAAAUUACUCAAAUUUGCGGCGGGGAGGGAUUCGUUCGAGGUUUGA